UGGAACGUUGCUGAACAUAUCAUGAGCUAUGUUACAAAACAAUUUUUAAUCAUAUGUCCUUUACAUUUUCCCUGCAACCCAUGGCUUGCGAUACCAUCAGCUGAUCAUGUGAUGGAUUGAAUGGGAUGGGGUCUCCUAUCUUUGGACAAACCCUUCUUUGUUCAUUUUUGUUGUUGGGAAAACGUAAAACCCGCGUUUUUUUCGGCAUUAGCCUUGCCCAGGCACAUAACACAAGAAGUCCUCGAGAAUCCUCUAGGAAUUAUAUGGAAUUACCCGAUUUGUAUGAAGGGAACAUGUACCUGAAGCCUGAAACCCUGCAUUUGGCCGGCCAGUUCAUCCAUGGCGCCAUGCCUUUCCCAGUUUUCCCAGAAAACCAGACCAGUGAAUAUGAGCCUGCCAAGAAGCAAGGAACUUAUGCCUCUGAUUGCCACGCUGCAGUGGCAUUUCCGAAGCAUCUUUGCUUACUACAGUCGGAUUUGAAAAACAGGGCAGCCAGUCAAGGACCUGAAGCGUUCUUGAGCACAAAGCUGGAA